GCUAGUAGUGGGUGGGCAGGACAGUGUGCAUCUCAGAGCUUGUGGCCUGGACUGUGCUUGGUAGACUCAGAGGACCUAAGGCUUGGAGCUAGUGGUGGUCAGCACAGCCCUCUGUGGUCUGUGGAACCUGCUAUUGCUUUGCACUCCCUGGUGCCCUGCUUCUACCAGAAGGGCAUGGGGCCCCCUCGUGUUCCCAGGAGGACAGUGCUCUUCCAGCAGGAGAGGACAGGCCUGACCUACCGUGUACCUGCGCUGCUCUGUGUGCCUCCCAGGUCUACCCUGCUGGCCUUCGCCGAACAGCGGCUUAGCCCUAAUGACUCUCAUGCCCACCGCCUGGUGCUUCGGAGGGGCACACUGGCCAAGGGCUCAGUGCGGUGGGGCACUCUGAGUGUACUGGAGACCGCGGUGCUGGCAGAGCACAGGUCUAUGAACCCUUGCCCAGUGCUGGAUGAGCACUCCGGAACCAUCUUCCUCUUCUUCAUUGCGGUGCUGGGCCACACACCGGAGGCUGUGCAAAUAGCCACUGGCAAGAACGCUGCUCGCCUAUGUUGUGUGACCAGCUGUGACGUGGGCCUUACCUGGGGCAGUGUGCGAGAUCUCACUGAGGAGGCCAUAGGUGCGGCAUUGCGGGACUGGGCCACCUUUGCUGUGGGUCCAGGCCAUGGAGUUCAGCUGCGCUCAGGUCGCCUGCUUGUUCCUGCUUACACCUAUCGCGUGGACCGUCGGGAGUGUUUUGGCAAGAUCUGCUGGACCAGUCCCCACUCCUUGGCUUUCUACAGUGAUGACCACGGAAUCUCCUGGCAUUGUGGAGGCCUUGUGCCCAACCUGCGCUCUGGAGAGUGCCAGCUGGCUGCCGUGGAUGGUGACUUCCUCUACUGUAACGCCCGGAGCCCUCUGGGUAACCGUGUGCAGGCACUGAGUGCUGACGAGGGCACUUCCUUCCUGCCAGGGGAACUGGUGCCUACACUGGCUGAGACUGCCCGUGGCUGUCAGGGUAGCAUUGUGGGCUUCCCAGCCCCACCCUCCAGCAGGUCUCAGAAUAAUAGGGGGCCAAUGGGUCUUGGGAAUACUCCACAUUCCCCAUGCCUCUAUCUCAGAGUAGAGUCUUCAGGAGAAGGGGCUGGAAGUUGGGUGCCCAGGGAGCCAUUCUGCUACCCCCAGUUUCGGAGCCCAGAGAAUCGUGGGCUAGAGCCUGGGACAGGUGGAGAUAAGUCAGCCCAGACUCCAGAACUUUCAACGUCCUCUGCUUCUAUGCUUCAGAGUCCCACGUGGCUGUUGUAUUCCCACCCAGCAGGGCAUAGAGCUCGGCUCCACAUGGGAAUUUACCUGAGCCGGUCCCCCUUAAACCCCCACAGCUGGACAGAGCCCUGGGUGAUCUACGAGGGCCCCAGUGGCUACUCUGAUCUAGCAUUCCUUGGGCCUGUGCCUGGGGCAUCCCCUGCCUUUGCCUGUCUGUUUGAGAGCGGGACUAGGGCUUCCUAUGAAGACAUCUCUUUUUGCUUGUUCUCACUGGGUGAUGUCCUAGAGAAUGUGCCCACUGGAUUAGAGAUACCCAGUCUCAGGGAUAAGCCUCAGGGGCAUUGCUGGCCCUCUUGAUGGCUUGGCUCUCUGGCAGGCUCCUGGGGAGGAAGGGUAGCAGAGGAGGAGGCUAGGGGCAAGUCAGCAUGUCCCUAGGACAGAGCAUUGUCUCCUUCUUUCUGCUGGUGGGGCAUGACUCACGAGGGAGCUUUCUGAGUGUGAAUGAGAAAUAAAGGGAUUGCACUGUGUCUGUUUCU